AUGAGAUAUUCUACCCCUCUCCUUUCAAUCCUGGCGCUGGUGUCUUCCACCGUCCUAGCUCAGGACCCGGGUCCGUCGCCCACUGCUUCAGUCGGCUGCGAACCGCACGGAGACCAUUGGCAUUGCGACGGCCCAGCCUCAACCGCCAUCUCCUCUGUUACGGAAACCUCGUCCACGAUGCCUAGCCCUACCAAGUCGACUGGUUGCGAGCCGCAUGGCGACCAUUGGCACUGCGAUGGACCGGCCGAGACGGGUUCUACUGCUGCGUCUACCUCUUCCAUAAUGCCUAGCCCUACUGAGUCGGUUGGUUGUGAGCCGCAUGGCGACCACUGGCACUGCGACGGACCGGCCGAGACGGGCAGUGCUGGAGGUGAAGAGGGCAGUGCUGGUGCAAUGGGGGUGCAUGCUUCUCUGCUGGUUGGGUUGUCGGUUAUUGCUGCUGCUUUGAACGUUUAG